GUUCUUGUCAUCACUCUUCUGCUCAUAGCUGUUGGAACUGCUUAUGAUGGACAUUGCACGGAGAAACUUACAGAAGACUCAAACGCGUGGAGCGCGGCGCUUCGCGCCUUCUCGCUGCGCGCCAACUGGGAGCGGCUGGCGAGCGGGCGGCCGUCGGGCGACGUGGGCUGCGUGGACGGCGUUCGCGCGCUCUCCACCGUGUGGGUGGUGCUCACGCACAAGGUGCUGCAGCUGGCGCAGGAGCCCUGGAUCAACAAGUACCGACUCUUCGAGGCGGUGGAGGACCUGGCCAAGAUGCCCAUGGUGAACAGCAUGCUCAACGUGGACACCUUCUUCAUGAUGAGCGGCAUGCUGCGCAGCUACAACGUGGUGGGCGCGCUGGCCGACGGACGCUUCAGCUACACCUCAUUAAGUCCUGUCUACUUUGUAGUUGUGUGGUUCUACGCUACCCUCUUUGAGUACGUAGGUUCUGGGCCUGCGUGGAAUGACUACAUCGGCAGCAACGUGAAGAUGUGCCGCGAUAAUUGGUACUUCAAUGUUCUGUACAUAAACAACUACGUAGACUUGUCACGUCUGUGCAUGCUCCAGUCGUGGUACCUGUCGGCCGACAUGCAGCUGUUCGCGCUGGCGCCGCUGGCGCUGAUCCCGCUGGUCCGUUGGCGCAACUUGGGGCGCGCGCUCCUGGCGGCGCUGCUGGCGCUGGCCGUCGCCGUGCCGGCCGUCAUCGUCGCCCUCUGGCGCAUGCCCGGCGUCUACCAGCUGAGCAACACGGAUCAACAGAUCCACGAGUACAUGCAGUACGUGUACUCGCCUACACAUACUCGCAUGUCUUCGUAUCUGGUAGGAUUGGCGCUCGGAUAUGUACUGAACAGGCUACGAAACAAGAAGUUCACCAUGUCUAGGGUGUGGGUGGUGCUGGGGUGGGCGGCGUGCGCCUGCCUGCUGGUGGGCGACGUGUACGGGCCCUACCACAUGAUGCAGAUGGGCCACAAGUACGACCUGACGGAGAACGUGGUGUACGGGGCGCUGCACCGCGUCGUGUGGGCGCUGGCCGUGGCGUGGCUCGUCUUCGCCUGCCACACGGGCUACGGA